AUGGGAAAUAGUUAAUAAAAAGAAUGUUAAGAAGAAGAAUAAUUAGCAUAACAUUAAAAAUUAAAAUAAAAGAUGCUAUAUAGAGUAAUUAAAAGUCAUGAAAGAUUGCUUAAAAAUUAAGUAUUUUGUUUAGGGAUUACAUUUUUUCUGAUACUUUUGGCUUUGAUGAAUUCUGUAUUAUUAUUGUUGUAUGAUGAUGAAAAUUGA